CCUUAGUCCUCGGCCCUUAGUCCUCGAGUGAUCCCUCGCGUUCCUGGUCAUGGCUACUCCGCCUCCGCCGGCGUGUCCGCACCCGACGAGAUCGUACAUCGACGAGAAGAAGGCGAGAUACAAGUCGGAGCAUAUUCGUGCCAUGAAGGCGCCAAUCAAAGCCGGCGCUCAGGAGCGAGCUGCCACUGCUGCGCUGGCAGUGAAUGGCGGCGGCUCGCAGCCUGUGCCUGUGGCUUACGGACUGUACCGCGGCUUCUACAAACAGUUUCACGCCGAAGUCCUUGACACCAAGAAGGAGCUGCCAUUUUCGCACCUCUCUGGCACGAGCGGCGGCUUCCUGGCGGUCGCGACUUACUCCUACUCUGCGCUUCCUGGCCACCAAGUGCUCGACACGGGCCGAGAGACCGAGCCGGCGAAGAUCACAAAGGCGGCGAUUGAGAACCCGCCGACCCCGUCCUGCGGCCAGAUGGGGUACGUGGCCAGUCAACUCGGCCUCGGCUCAGGCCUUUGCUCAGUCUUCUUUUCCGCCAUACCCGUCUUGGUCGGCGUUUUCGUGUCGGCCUCUGUUGGCGUUUGCGCCCGCGCUGUAACCUGCGGCAAAUGCGUCGGCGGUGGCUGCUGGCCAUUCGCGAACACCGUAUCGAGCUGGUUCAUCGCUUUCUUCUACAAUUACUUUGUUGGCCGGAUUGGCGCACCGAAGCACGACACGCCAACAGGACUGGGCAAGAACAAGUACACGGCGAGCGUGGAUGGCGUGCAGGCACAGAUUGCUGCGCUCGCCACGGACGGCGUUGUUGUCACCAAGGAGGACUUCAACAUCCCACGCGGGCUUGCGCCCACGCCGCUGGCUACGUUUGGGAUGGCCCGCCCAACCGGCGUCUCGUACCGCAACUUCGAGGCGCCAUUCGACAAGUGGUCCACGGAGGCGAAGAACGAGUGGCUCUGCAAGCGCGACAGCCCGCCAACGCACGGCGCUACGGCGGCGUCGAUUGCGAAGCAGCACCGCGACCAAAGCGCCGGCCACCAGUGCCUCGUGCCUUGGCUCGCCACCCCGGACAGCGUCUGGACACCUUACCACGGGUGCACGAUGCAGUUCGGCUGCCAGUGGCCGUUCGAACCGUGGCCCCGCCCAGCGAACCCAAAGGACAUUCGCUUCGCCUCUAUCCCACCGGGCCAGGUCCUCAACGUCGAGUAUGUCCGCCCCCCCGCGUGCCUUCCGUGCGCGCCGCUCUCAUCAGGCUCCCGAGCUUUUCACCGAGUCGUGACACGCUCCAAGCUGUCCAUCGAGGCACUCAUGGCGGCGUCGGGGGACUUCGCCGCCAUGCCAAUCACCACAAUACCGGCUUUGUUCUGCUUUGACACGUUUGCCCAACGGUACACGACGUACACGACGUCGGAGGAGGACGGGACGAAAUCGCUCGACUACGCGGACGGCGGCGUUGUCGAUACCCCCGCCGUCUGCGGCGCGGUGUCGCAGGGCGCAACGAAGAUCGUGUCAGUGAUCAGCUUCCCCGACGCCUUGAAGAGCGGCAAAGGUCCCUUCGUGGCGACCGAGGGGGAGCCUUGCACGUGGAAGGUUGACCCCGACUCCGCCUACAUCCAGUUUGUCGCCCAGUACUUUGGGCAGGGACCCUACAGCUCCGGAGCCGUCGCUCCACUGGGCGCUCCGGGCAUGCUCAAUCAGAUCUUUGCAAACCAGAACGACCAAUGCGACGACCUCUUUCAGUCCUUGAUGGAGCAGUUUCAACGCAAGCAGGAGAAGGGGGAGGCGCUCGUCGCCUACUUGAAGGACGACGUGCCGGUGGUGGAGAACGCCUUCUGGGGAAUCGACGGCGGCCGCUGCGUGGCGAACUUUGCCGUCAUCCUCUACACUCUGCCGACUAACUGGGCACGGGAGCUCAAGAAGCACACGAAAGUCGACGUCUUUCCGAUGCCACAGUCGAGGCGCAAAGGCGGUGGUGCCGACCUCACCAAGCCCACGUGGCGCAAGGCUGGCUCCUUCCCCUACUCGGGGUUUGCGGGGAAUGGCCCGGCCAUCUACUACACUCCGGAGGAGGUCAACCUGUACGGUUACCUCGGCGACUGGAUCGUCAGCUCCGAGUGGGACAACGGGCUCAAGGACUGCUGUGACCUCCACCCUUUGUGAGCGCUAAUUUCGAAGAUGUGUGACCUGUGUGUGUGUGUUUGGGGUGUGUGGGGGGGGGGUCCCACGACGCUCGCAGGCCCAUGUUGGGGUGUAGUCGGUUGAAGCCAAAGUACUUUGCCAAAGAAGA